UGUCAACGCCUGGGACUGAAACCUGCUGGAUUUUUACCUUUUACACGCUAAACGCUGCCGGUAACUGCGUCUAGGAUUUGCUGUUUACAUAAAUAUAUAUAAAUAUAUAUUAAAAAAAAAAACACUCAGGUUGGAGUUCGUUUCGAGACUUCAACUUGGAAAAGUGAAAAUAUGCGCGCGCUCGGAAACGCCUUGGGCUUUAGCGCAACCCUUCUGACUUGUGUGUUGAAGGGAAAGAUCUGACAUUGUUCCGAGCUGCUCUCUUUUCGCUUUUUCAUUGCUGAGCAGAAGAGAAAUUAUCCCCACCACUCUUCCAGGAAAAGAAGAAACCAACCUGGACGGAUCUUCCUGUGCUUUCUGCAGAGGUCUCAAAGUUUCUGAAGGACUUUAUAUUUAUAUUCUUCUUCUUCUUCUUCUCCUUUUUUUUUUAUAUUUAUUUCUGAGUCAGUUGAUGUGCUUGACUGCUACUAAAACUCCGGAUCUCAUGAGGGAAGUGAAUCUUUUUUUGGAGCUGGAUGCAGAUAUGAGAUUUCUCCGGUACUCAGGACCUUCACACACACUCACAUUAUUGAUUUUGCUCAUGCAUGUGCUUUCAAGUGCAUCAGCAGCACGGCACACAGUCUACUGGAACUCCAGCAACACCAGGUUAACAAGUGAUGACUACUCGGUGCAGGUGAAUCUGAACGACUACCUGGACAUCCUGUGUCCUCACUACCCAUCCGGCGCUCCUGAGCAAGGCCCUCCAGAGACGCUGGCGCUCUAUCUGGUACCCGAGCAUCAGUUUCAGGGGUGCGAUAAGACCGAAGGGGCAAUAAAGAGAUGGGAGUGCAACGCUCCAUACGCACCCUUCAGCCCUGUCCGAUUCUCGGAGAAGAUCCUGCGCUACACACCCUUCUCUCUGGGCAUCGAGUUCGUCCCAGGACACCACUAUUACUACAGCUCCCAGUCUGUGGAUGAUGGACCCCCCCUUCCAUGCAUGAAGCUCAAAGUCAGUGUGUGCUGCGAGUCCAAUGCAACAAAUGAAAAAAAGGAACAAGGAAGUAAAGCUCCACACAGUUUUGCCCAACCAGGAAGAACUAGUCCACUGCCUGUUCUUGCCCUCACCUUCUUUUCUCUCUUUUGUUUCUUGUGAUAAUUCGGCUGCGACUCCCCCCAGCUAAUAGCUAAGACAUGCCAACAGGUCAUGUGGGAUCAUUCCCUAGCUCUACUUAAGCACACACACACACACACACACACACAUUUUCACAUACUCAUUCAGCUCACUCGCCCGAGUGUCAUGUAUUUGGAGUGGCACUAAUCUCUCUCCCUCCAUUUCCUCUCUCUCUCUCUCUGUCCACUCUCUGCUGCUUCAUUCUACAAGCCACUGGCACUAAUCUACCUUCAAAGAGCUCUUCCUGCUGCUCUUCUUUUGCGUAAUCCUUUCUUCAUUUAAAAAAAAAAAACAAAACAAAAAAAACACUUCCAUCCCCUUACCAACACCCCCCCACCCCUUCCCGCUUUUCUCUUACUGUACACUACUACUGAACUGAGCCAAAGGGGAUGAGACUAGGACAGCGGUGGACGUCCCUGUAGCACCUGCGCCGCCAAGAAAAAGUACAGGGACACGGAGCAAGCAAUAAAGCUCUCGGCUCAUUCAUCAGCUCUCAGGAUCACACGAGACGACUUUAUUUUGCUCACUUUUCCACCACAGAUGAAUUUAGAGCCAAAGCCAGACACCACUACUCAAGAUGAAACAUUUAACGAGAGGCAAAUCUGUAUCUACGAAUUAGCAAAAAAAAAAAAAAGGCAUUUUUAUUUGGAACUCAUUUAAGAGGAAACUGUUUAAGAAACACUUGUUUGACCAAAAGGAGGAGGAUUUACUGCUUCCUGUUCAGACUCAGCCGGAAAUGACCACAGACCCGCGGCUCGCCGUUCUCAUCUCAGCAACGGUAACUGUGAUUGGACAGUAUGUUUUAAACCGCCAUCAACGUCUGAACGUGAUUGGUCAGUUCUCUUCACCAUUCCUUUGACGUAAGAAGAUGAUCGGGCAGUUUCCUCACGCGUAAUCACAUUCAGAUCUAGUUCAUUAUUUCAGUUGAUUUUUAUGUUCUAUAUACGUUUAUAAAGUUAUGUAUAUCCUGGCACCCAAAUUGAUUAAUUAUACAAAAAUGAAAUUCAGUUUGUUUGUUUGUUUGUUUGUUUUUAAUCUGAUAUGUUGAAUACUUCAACAUAACUUUUUUUUAUCAUUCAUCACAAAAUGGAUUCAAAACAUGAUUUAUGCUAAUAAUAUUUUUUUUUCCCAUAAAUAAUACAUGCCAGAAGAACUGCAGUUACUUUCUUUUAAAUUAUAUAUAUUUUUGAAGUAAUGGAAAUUUAAUUUCAUUGGAAAGUAACAAAUCCUAAUUAAAUUGCUUUAAAAUCAUUUGUUUAAAAGUUUUAAAUCUUGAUGUUUUGCAAACCAAAUUUGCAUUUUCCCCCCUGUAUCUACUAUAUGUUGAUAAAUUUCAGUUUUUAUGCUAAUUUCAAGUGUUUGAAUAAAGGGUACCAGUGCAUUACCUUUAAAAAAUGGCAAAAAAAAAAAAAAAAAUUCUAAUGAAAAAAUUUGUUAAGCAGUCUGUUUACACAGGAGAUGAUGUGUGCUGGGUUUAUGAUUUAGGGAUUGUGUUCUGUGUAUAAUUUGUGUUUUUUUUCACAUUUUAGUGAAGAGUUCGGUGUCUUCUGUGAAGAAUUGCAGGUUUAACCGUUUUUGUACUGUGAAAUAAAUGAUCCUGAGUAAACAAUAAAGCUGGUUAAAUUUGUGGU